CUUAUACAUAGUAUACAAUUCCUUUGUCAAAUGGAUUCCGAGUCUCAACUAACUGCUUCUAAAACCAUCUUCAUUUCUUUGCAGAGCAAACGAAAUGAAUCAAGAGCUUCUUGAAGAUUUGAAAUCUCUGCUGACUUUGAGAUUAGAAAAGCACUUGGGAGGCCCAUUAAUCUUGCCGGCGUUGUCAGGAGUGAUCAGCGAGUUUUAUUAAAAGCCCUGGGAUUGCCUGAAAGGCCUCCUUGUCUGACUUUGAAAUGAAAGGGGCAUGUUAAGAUCUUGGGGCACAUUGUCAGGACCCCUCACCCUGCCCCUUGGACUAUGAGCUGACCCUCCAGGAGGAAGCACAGAAGCCCUCCUUUGUUGAAGGGAUUUCGCCGGUGGACAGAAAGGCGUUGGGCCCUGUCAGCAUGAACUCUCUGAGUUGCGGGACAGUGAAUGCCCUGCUGCUGCUGCUCCUCCUGGCCUGGGCCAGCCCCACCUUCAUCAGUGUCAACCGUGGGGUGAGGGUGAUGAAGGGCCACUCCGCCUUCCUGUCAGGAGAUGACCUGAAGUUUGCCAUCCCCAAAGAGAAAGAUGCCUGCAAAGUGGAAGUUGUGAUGAAUGAGCCAAUAACCCAGAGGGUUGGGAAACUCACUCCACAGGUCUUUGACUGCCAUUUCCUUCCCAAUGAAGUCAAGUAUGUUCACAAUGGUUGUCCAAUUCUUGAUGAAGACACAGUGAAGCUCAGACUUUACAGAUUUACUGAAACAGAUACCUUCAUAGAAACCUUUAUCCUGCGGGCCUAUCUCCUGGAACCAGACUGUAACAUCAUCCGUAUGAGUAACAAUGUGCUGGAAGUGCCUGAAUUCAAUGGCCUGUCCCAAGCGAUUGAUAAAAAUCUGCUCAGAUUCGAUUAUGAUAGGAUGGCUAGCCUGGAAUGCACGGUCAGCCUGGACACUGCGAGAACUCAGCUGCCAGCCCAUGGCCAGAUGGUUUUGGGGGAGCCUCGACCAGAAGAACCUCGUGGAGAUCAGCCACACAGUUUUUUCCCAGCCCCACUGGGAGCAAAACUGAGGUGUCCAGGUGGAAGUUGUACCCCAGGAUUAAAGAAAAUAGGAAGCCUCAAGGUGAGCUGUGAGGAGUUCCUGCUGAUGGGCCUUCGUUAUCAGCAUCUGCAUCCCCCUUCACCCAACAUUGAUUAUAUCUCCAUCCAACUGGACCUCACAGAUACCAGGAGUAAAAUCGUGUACAAGUCAGAGAGUGCGUGGCUGCCUGUCUAUAUCCGAGCUGGAAUUCCGAAUCAGAUUCCAAAGGCUGCAUUCAUGGCCAUGUUUAUUCUGGAAGUGGAUCAGUUCAUCCUGACCUCCUUGACUACAUCAGUUCUGGACUGUGAAGAAGAUGAGACCCCUAAACACUUGCUGGUGUUCAACAUUACUAAAGCCCCGCUCCAGGGCUAUGUGACUCACCUGUUGGAUCACACCAGACCAAUCUCCUCAUUCACCUGGAAAGAUCUCAGUGACAUGCAGAUCGCCUAUCAGCCACCAAACUGCAGUCAUUCUGAGAGGAGACAUGAUGAGGUAGAAUUGGAGGUAUAUGACUUCUUCUUUGAAAGGAGUGCACCUAUGACAGUCCACAUCUCCAUCAGAACAGCAGACACAAAUGCCCCCCGUGUAUCCUGGAAUACAGGUCUGAAUCUCCUUGAGGGGCAGUCUCGAGCCAUCACUUGGGAACAGUUUCAGGUUGUCGACAAUGACGACAUUGGUGCAGUCCGGCUAGUCACUGUUGGUGGCCUGCAGCAUGGAUGGCUGACUUUAAGAGGGGGGAAAGGAUUUCUCUUCACCGUGGCUGAUCUCCAGGCUGGAGUUGUUCGCUAUCAUCAUGAUGACAGCGAUUCCACCAAAGACUUCGUGGUCUUCCGGAUAUUUGAUGGCCAUCACAGCAUCCGUCACAAAUUCCCCAUCAACAUCUUGCCCAAAGAUGAUAGUCCCCCGUUCCUCAUAACCAAUGUUGUGAUUGAACUGGAGGAGGGGCAGACUAUCCUGAUCCAGGGAUCCAUGCUGCGAGCUUCAGAUGUGGACGCCAGUGAUGACUACAUCUUCUUCAAUAUCACGAAACCUCCACAAGCUGGAGAGAUCAUGAAGAAACCAGGGCCAGGACUGAUAGGCUAUCCUGUCCCUGGCUUCCUUCAGAGGGAUUUGUUUAAUGGAAUCAUUUAUUAUCGUCACUUUGGUGGAGAAAUCUUUGAAGAUUCUUUUCAAUUUGUCCUGUGGGACAGCCAUGAACCUCCAAAUCUUUCAGUGCCACAGGUGGCAACAAUCCACAUCACUCCAGUGGAUGACCAGCUUCCAAAAGAGGCUCCUGGAGUUUCUCGGCAUUUGGUUGUCAAGGAAACUGAGGUGGCCUAUAUAACUAAGAGACAGCUACACUUUAUAGAUACCGAAUCGUAUGACAGGGAGCUGGUCUACACAAUAACUACUCCUCCAGUUUUCUCCUUCAGCCACAGCCACUUGGAUGCUGGGAAAUUAUUCCUGGUGGACAGCAUACCAAAAGUAGUUAAGAAUCCUACGGCCCUGGAGCUGAGGUCAUUCACUCAGCAUGCUGUGAACUAUAUGAAAGUGGCCUACAUGCCCCCCAUGCAAGACAUUGGUCCCCAUUGCAGAGAUGUCCAGUUCACAUUUUCCGUCAGUAACCAACAUGGCGGCACUUUGCAUGGGAUCUGCUUUAACAUUACAGUCCUCCCGGUGGACAAUCAGGUUCCUGAGGUAUUCACCAACCCUCUGAAAGUGACUGAGGGAGGUCAAUGCGUCAUCAGCACAGAGCACAUUCUGAUUUCUGAUGCAGAUACCAAGCUGGACAAUAUUGACCUCUCCCUGCGGGGACUGCCUCUGCAUGGAAGGGUGGAGCUGAAUGGAUUUCCUCUAAAUUCAGGGGGCACAUUUUCUUGGGGCGAUCUCCAUACCUUAAAAGUUAGGUAUCAACAUGAUGGAUCUGAGGUUCUUCAGGAUGACAUACUCUUGGAGGUCACCGAUGGCACAAAUUCAGCAGAAUUUGUUCUACAUGUUAAGGUAUUCCCUGUCAAUGAUGAGCCACCAGUCCUAAAGGCUGACCUCACGCCUGUCAUGAAUUGCUCAGAGGGAGGAGAGGUGGUCAUCACCUCUGAAUACAUUUUUGCUACUGAUGUGGACAGUGAUAACUUGAAGUUGAUGUUUGUGAUUGCUCGAGAACCUCAGCAUGGGGUGGUGAGGAGAGCUGGAGUCACAGUGGAUCAGUUCUCUCAGGGAGAUGUUAUCUCAGAGGCCGUAACAUACAAACACACUGGUGGCGAGAUUGGCAUGAUGCCUUGUUCUGACACCAUUACAUUGGUGGUUUCAGAUGGAGACGCUGGCCCUUUUGUGAAUGGCUGUUGCUACAGUGGACCCAAUCCAUCCAUUCCUCUUCAUAUGUCCUUUCCAGUAUAUGAUCUCAACAUAACGGUAUACCCAGUAGACAACCAGCCACCUUCCAUUGCAAUAGGUCCCAUGUUUGUUGUAGAUGAGGGCUGCUCAACAGCCCUUACCGUUAACCAUUUGUCUGCCACUGACCCUGACACUGCAUCAGAUGACUUGGAAUUUGUUUUGGUUUCUCCUCCCCAGUUUGGCUACCUCGAAAAUAUACUCCCUUCUGUGGGUUUUGAAAAAAGCAAUAUUGGCAUAAGUAUAGAUUCAUUUCAGUGGAAAGACAUGAAUGCUUUUUGCAUUAACUAUGUGCAGUCCAGGCAUCUGAGGAUAGAACCAACUGUCGACCAGUUCACGGUGUACGCCACAGAUGGGAAGCAACGCUCCUUGGAGAUACCGUUUUCUAUUAUUAUCAACCCCACAAAUGAUGAAGCUCCUGACUUUGUAGUGCAGAAUAUUACUGUGUGUGAGGGUCAGAUGAAAGAGCUGGACUCUUCCAUCAUCAGCGCUGUGGACCUGGACAUUCCCCAGGAUCCCCUGCUGUUCAGCAUCGCUCAAAAGCCACGCCACGGCCUCCUCAUCAAUAGGGGGUUUAGCAAAGACUUCCCUGAGAAUGAGCAGCCAGCCAACCCUGACCAGAAACAUGCACCUGUUCACAGCUUUUCCAUGGAACUCCUCAAGACUGGAAUGAGGUUGACAUACGUGCAUGAUGACUCAGAGAGCCUUGCUGAUGAUUUUACAAUCCAAUUGUCAGAUGGGAAACAUAAGAUACUUAAAACCAUUUCAGUAGAGGUCACCCCAGUUAAUGAUGAAAAACCAAUGCUGAGCAAGAAGGCUGAAAUUGCAAUGAAUAUGGGUGGAACUCGUAUUAUUUCCAGUGCUGUUCUUUCAGCCAUAGAUGAAGACUCGCCCAGGGAGAAGAUUUACUAUGUAUUUGAAAGGCUUCCCCAAAAUGGGCAACUUCAGUUUAAGGUUUUUAGGGGAUACAGAAAAUGUCCACUAACAUACGUUGCGGGGAGAAAAAACCAUGAGCAGCUGACUAACUCUGGCUCCUUCCAGAUAGGGAGGGACUGGGUUCCUCUCUCCCCUGGCAUGAAGUGCACUCAGGAGGAAGUGGAUCUGAACUUGCUGAGAUACACACACACUGGGGCAAUGGAUUCCCAGAAUCAAGAUAGCUUCACCUUCUACCUUUGGGAUGGCGACAACAGGUCCCCUGCUCUUGACUGUCAAAUCACCAUCAAGGACAUGGAAAAAGGUGAUAUUGUCAUCCUUACAAAACCACUCGUGGUGUCUAAAGGUGACAGAGGUUUCUUAACAACCACCACUCUCCUGGCUGUGGAUGGAACAGACAAGCCUGAGGAACUGCUCUAUGUCAUCACCUCCCCUCCACGAUAUGGUCAGGUCGAAUAUGUUCACUAUCCUGGAGUUCCCAUUACAAGCUUCAGCCAAAUGGAUAUAGUGGGGCAGACCGUUUGCUAUGUACACAAGAGCAAGGUGACUGUCUCCAGUGACAGAUUCAGAUUCAUCAUCAGCAAUGGACUGCGGACCGAGCAUGGGGUGUUUGAGAUCACACUGGAGACUGUGGACAGAGCCCUGCCCGUGGUAACCAGGAACAAGAGGUUGAGACUGGCCCAGGGGGCCGUGGGCCUGCUUUCCCCUGACCUCCUUCAGCUGACCGACCCUGACACAGCUGCGGAGAAUCUCACCUUCCUCUUGGUUCAGCUCCCCCAGCAUGGCCAGCUCUACCUGUGGGGAACAGGGCUACUUCAACACAAUUUCACCCAGCAGGAUGUGGACAGCAGGAAUGUGGCCUAUCGGCACUCAGGAGGGGACUCCCAGACUGACUGCUUUACUUUCAUGGCCACAGACAGGACAAACCAAGGCUUUGUUGUGAAUGGGAGAGUGUGGGAAGAACCUGUUUUAUUCACCAUUCAGGUGGACCAACUGGACAAAACAGCUCCUCGUAUCACACUUUUGCAUUCCCCUUCUCAAGUGGGGCUCCUGAAAAAUGGCUGCUAUGGGAUUUACAUCACUUCCCGCGUGUUGAAGGCAUCAGACCCUGACACUGAGGACGAUCAGAUCAUCUUUAAAAUUCUACAAGGCCCAAAACAUGGACAUCUGGAGAACACAACAACAGGUGAAUUUAUCCAUGAGAAAUUUAACCAAAAGGACUUAAACAGUAAGACUAUUCUUUACAUCAUAAACCCAUCUUUGGAAGUAAAUUCAGAUACCAUGGAAUUUCAAAUCAUGGACCCCACAGGGAACUCGGCCACUCCUCAAAUUUUGGAACUGAAGUGGUCUCAUAUUGAAUGGUCACAGACCGAAUAUGAAAUCUGUGAGAAUGUGGGUGUGUUGCCCCUGGAAAUUAUCAGAAGGGGAUAUUCCAUGGACUUGGCCUUUGUGGGUAUAAAGGUCAACCAAGUGUCAGCUGCAGUUGGAAAAGAUUUCACCGUGACUCCAUCUAAACUGAUUCAGUUUGACCCAGGAAUGUCAACUAAGAUGUGGAAUAUAGCAAUUACCUAUGACGGAUUAGAGGAAGAUGAUGAGGUCUUUGAAGUAAUUCUGAACUCCCCUGUGAAUGCAGUUCUUGGCACAAAGACAAAAGCUGCAGUGAAAAUUUUGGACUCAAAAGGAGGACAAUGCCAUCCUUCAUAUUCCUCCAACCAAAGCAAGCACAGCACAUGGGAGAAGGGCAUUUGGCGUCUGCUGCCCCCAGGGUCUUCCUCAUCCACCACUUCUGGUUCCUUUCAUCUGGAAAGAAGACCUCUUCCAUCUUCCAUGCAGCUAGCAGUCACCAGGGGAGACACCCUGCGGGGCUUUGAGUCUACAGAUCUUUCUCAAAAGAAGCUUAGGACCCGUGGGAAUAGCAAAACAGUUCGUCCAUUCUCUGUUUAUAGAAAUGGAACAGACAUCAUCUAUAAUUAUCACGGGAUAGUUUCCUUGAAACUGGAGGAUGACAGUUUCCCAACUCACAAAAGGAAGGCCAAAGUAUCCAUCAUUAGUCAGCCACAAAAGACAAUCAAAGUGGCAGAACUGCCUCAAGCAGAUAAGGUGGAAUCCACAACUGACUCACACUUCCCCAGACAGGACCUGUUGCCCUCAUUUCCAAAGAACUGCACUCUGGAAUUAAAGGGACUCUUCCAUUUUGAAGAAGGCAUCCAGAAGCUGUAUCAGUGCAAUGGGAUUGCCUGGAAAGCCUGGAGUCCCCAAACCAAGGAUGUGGAAGACAAAUCCUGUCCAGCCGGGUGGCACCAGCACUCAGGCUACUGUCACAUCGUGAUCACAGACCAGAAAAGCACCUGGAAUGCGGCUGCCCGAGCUUGCAGGGAACAAUACAUGGGCAACCUUGUAACUGUAUUCUCCAGGCAGCACAUGCGAUGGCUCUGGGACAUUGGUGGGAGAAAGUCCUUUUGGAUAGGUUUGAAUGACCAAGUGCGUCCUGGCCACUGGGAGUGGAUCGGUGGUGAACCUGUUGCCUUCACCAAUGGGAGAAGAGGGCCCUCUCAACGCUCCAAGCUUGGAAAGAGCUGUGUUUUGGUUCAAAGACAAGGGAAAUGGCAAUCAAAGGACUGCAGAAGAGCCAAACCUCAUAAUUAUGUGUGUUCCAGAAAACUCUAAAUAUAACAGACCCUACAGGUGGCCACCUGGAAUUUGUCACCUAUUUAUUUACAGGAUCUGUGAAUAUUGCUCCAUAGAAAACAAAUUGUUAUGAUUGAGUGGGUAUACCUUUGUGAUUCAGUCUAGUGAAAAUGGAACAUUUUUAAUAGUGCCAGAAAGAUUGAUAAAUGAAUAUUUUUUACAAGAUAAGAUACAAUUUUUGUGUCUCAAUACCUUUUAAAAUAAAUGCCAGCAGUAUUAUAAA